AUGGAGAGAGAACAAGAUGGUCGCCUCCCCAUGUUAGAUGUGAUGUUGAUUAAGAACCAGGACCGUACCAUCACCACGGAUGUCUACCGGAAGGAGACACACACAGACCACUACCUACAGUGGUCCUCCAACCACCCCGUCCAGCAGAAACUCGGCAUUGUUAAAACCUUAAUGCACAGGGCAGACACUCUCAUUCAGGACCGCACCCUGAGAGAAGUAGAGAAAGGGAAAGUGAGGACGCACUCCGUCACUGCGGCUAUCCAGACUGGGCCCUUAGAGAAGGUGACACCAGAAAAACACAGCAGAGGAACCACAAGGACACACAACGUGGAGACAGGGGACAAACACCCUCCAGCUUUGCUGUACUCCCUUACAUUAAAGGGACUACAGAAAGACUGA